GUUGCAACAUGAUGAGCUCAAAUUGGUUUCACAUCUGUAGCAUGUCACUGUGGUCACUGGGAUUCCCCUCACAUGCUCUUUGACACAUUUUUUUUUCUUUAUUCUCCUGGUUAAAGCAAAAGAGCGAGCAGAAGCACUGAAACACAAGGCGUUAACAGACAGGAGGGACAGAUCAUCCAGUAAGCCGUAUGAUAGAUCGGAAUAGGUGUACUUGUGGAGUGGAUUUACUAUUAACUAUAAAGGAGAUCAGCAACUCAAGGUUAUGUCAGUUCCACGGCUGUUAAAUUCCACUUCAGCUUCUUCAGCAAUGGCACCAAAUCUCACCAACUCCCAGCAGUCCAUCUCCACCAAUGCUUCCCCUAUCACCGUCCUUCCAUCCCUCGGCAUCUCAGCCCAGAUUGGCAUCGCCAUCCUGACUCUGGCGUUUGUGCUCGGCUUCCCCGGGAACCUGUUUGUGGUGUGGUCCGUGCUCUGCCGGGUGAAGAAGCGCUCGGUGACCUGUCUGCUGGUGCUCAACUUGGCUGUGGCCGACGCUUUUGUCCUGCUCAGCGCCCCGCUCUUCCUGCGUUACCUGGCCGGACGCCGGGGUUGGGAGUUUGGCUCGGCAGCAUGCAAGCUGGUGCAUUACCUGUCCAGCGUGAACAUGUACGUGUCCAUCUACCUCAUCUGUCUGAUGAGCGUGGACCGCUGGCUGGCAGUCUCACGGCCCUUCCUGUCCCAGAGAAUGCGCACAAAGCGGGCCCUUCUGUUUCUUCUGUUGGGCAUCUGGAUGAUGGCAUUCGUCCUGUCACUGCCCAUGCCCUUCUACCGCAGCAAUCUAAGACUGUUUCCACACAUCCCUCUGACUUUUUGUACCCAGUACCACUGGGACAGCGUCGGCCACCGGGUGUUCCAGUACAUGUUUGAGACCAUCAUGGGCUGCCUGCUGCCCUUUGCCCUCAUCAUCAUGUGCUACGCCUCUGUCAUCUGCCGUCUGCGCAGCGCCAUGUUCCAGCGCAAAGGACAAGGCAGCCGCCUGAUCCUCCUCAUCAUCUGCACCUUUGCGCUCUUCUGGCUGCCCUAUCACAUCAUCAACAUCAUAGAGGUGAUAGGUCUGUUACAGGGCAGUGACACACUGAUCAAGGCUGCUACGACGGGCCGUCCCAAUGUCACGGCCUUCGCCUACUUCAGCAGCGCCGUCAACCCCAUACUCUACGUGUUCGCCGGCAGUUCCCACAUCCGCCAGGCUGGCCUCAGCUUCAUGGGCAAGCUCUUCGAGAACACCUACUCGGAGAGCCGGACCACCUCCACUUUCCGUAGCAACCGCCCUAGCCGCAGUGGCUCCACCCCCGAUGAGAGCUCCAUCCUGCACACGCUGUCGGUCAAACUGGGGAGGCCGUUCGGUGGCAGGCAGACAGACAAGGGCGGCAGUGACACCACGCAGAGCAAAGACGAAAGCGGGUCUGAACUCAAGACCCUGGCAAGCCUUGAUCCAUUAGAAUAGUGCUCAUUGUACAUGAAGGGACACCCACAGUUUGUCUGUUUGAGCUUUCAAGAUAGUUUAAUUCCAUAAAUUGUUAGAAAACGCCUUGAUUUGUUUGUAGCUUAAAGCUGCAGUACGGGGCUUUUUCAGCUCCGUGUGAUCUGUCUUCCUCUUGUGUCAGGAAAUGAAACGCUGCUUGAAAAAUGCGCAAAGCGAAAGGCGAGAAAGACUGUCAGUCAUCAUGUGCGAGGAAAAAGAAGAAAACGAGACAAGAGUCAUAAUUAGUUAGCCAUGCUAUCAUUUCAAUACAAGUUUAAUGCAGUUCCACAAGAGAUUGUGAGGUGUGGUUGAUGCAAAACGAUAAAUUUCAGCUGUGCAACAUUGUGAAGUAUCGCUGCAGACACCGGCCAAUGUCCAUGAUGCAAAAUCUUUCUAACAUUUUAUCAUUGCAGGAUUGGCUUCAUUAUUGUGUGUGAACUCGUUUGGCAUCAGAUUGAAUAUGACAGUGUUUAUUUAUAAGGUUUUGCAAAUCCAGGCUAAUCUAGAUCUUAGGAGUUGCAAAAAUGUCGGUAUUUGAAAGAGCUGAUAUUUAAAAAGAAAGAAAUGUUUGCAUGUUUAUGUUUGGUCCAGGUCUUUGG